CCCCCCGGCUGUAGCAGGCGCUGAAAUUCAAAAUUGGACGGCGGUUUGCCGCCGCAGAGGCUCAAAAGGGAGAGGCUGUUUCGGGAGCCAGACGCGGCGAGGGAGUUCGGUGGGCGCGCGGCUGUCGGCGGCACCUGCCGAGAUGGACCCCUUCACUGAGAAACUUCUAGAGCGAACCCGUGCGAGGAGGGAAAAUUUGCAGAAGAAGAUGGCUGGGCGGCCCACAGCCGGAGUGCGGCCUACAACACAAACAAAAAGGAGCAGAGAACCUUUGUCAGAAGCUGGUAACCAACCGCUUCAGCCUAGCGAAGAAGCUACAGCAAAGGCGAGUACAAAGCCAUCACCAUCCAAAAGACGUUGUUCGGACAAUGUGGAUGUUCCACUUUCUAAUUCAGAGAAUAGGUAUCCAAUUAACUCUUCUUCAAUGGACCAUGCUGCUUCUGAAAUAACUCCUACCUCUCAGAUUAUUGCCCCGUCCAUUGAGAUUGAAGAGCAGGAUGCGAAAUCUGAGCAAACUCCUGUUGCUUCAGUUAAAACACGCAUGCAAAAGCUGGCUGAACAACGACGCUGCUGGGACAAUGAUUUGUCUGAAAGUUCUUGUAUAUCUCCUAUUGAAUCAAACAAAUGCGUCAUUUCCCCACCCAAACAACUUCCCCUUACAACUGAUACCCCAAUAGGUCGAAGAGGCCGUUUAGCUAAUCUUGCUGCUACAAUUGGCUCCUGGGCAAAUGACCUAAGUCAUCCAUCUGCAAGGCAAAACAAUACACAAGAACAGCCUGGUACGACUUGUUUAUCCAAAUUGUCCACUACUAGUGGAGCAUCUGCUAGAAUCAAUAGCAACAGUGUGAAGCAGGAUGCUGCAUCCUGUUUGCAAAGGGCUGUUGAGCCAUCUGUGAAUAAGUCAGCAAACUCUGAGAUAUUGAGAACUAAUAAUUCCAUAGCAAAAUCUUCAGGAACAACUAACAAUCAUUCUAAGGAGACUGAGGUACCAAAACGACUGCUGCAGGAAAAGGCCAGCCUUAAACCACCAUUGAAACCUGCAUUAUCUCAACCACUUUCUGCCAAAGAGGAGCGAAUCAAAGGAACACAUGUACAAAUUGAUUCUAAGGAUAAACCAACCACACCAGGAGGAUCAGGGAUUAAGCCUUUUCUGGAACGUUUUGGAGAGCAUUGCCAGGAGCGUAGUACACAAAGUCCUGUUAUCACUGGAGGACACAGGACUCCCAUUAUCACUCCAAAUACAAAGACAAUCCAAGAAAGACUCUUCAGACAGAAUGAAGUAUCCUCUACUGCUAGUCUAGCACAGCAGCUCAAACAGGAACGUGAAAGAGAACUUGCAUGCAUCAGAGGCCGCUUUGACAGGGGCAACUUGUGGAGCGCUGAAAGAAAAGAGAACUCCAAGAAAAAACGCCCAGAAACAAAACCGGAGAGUUUGGUUCAGGUUAACUCAAAGCACCUUCCCAAUUCUGAUGACAACUCACAGGGAGCUGAAGAAAAGGCUGUAGAGAUUGCCAUAGAAGGCAUAACUUCUGGUGCUUCAGAACAUGAAAAGACAGAAGAGCUCAGUCCCUUGAAAAUCUUUUCACCACAGACUCCGGUAAAAACACUUUCCAACUCAAACCUUGAGCAACCUCCUGAGGAACAGAAAGACAAAGAGCCCGAGACUCAAGUGAAUGACGAAAUGAAUAGUUCACAGGUGAUAAGUGACAUCUUUGAUGAAGUUCUUCAAGAGGAUGGGCCUGACAUAGAGAAACUUAAAAAAGAGAUGAGUAUGACCUUGGAAGCUGAUUGUGAGGAUGAACAGGAGCCACUGAAUAUUUCCUCAAUGUCCCUCCUGACACCUUUAACAGAGUCUGUUGCUGUUGCAAGUCCAGAGGUUUUUGCAUCCCCAAGUAAAUUGGUUGAUGAGGGAAGCAAUGCAAGUGAUGAUAGUCCAAAUUCCAACAAGUUUCAAAGAACAUCUGUCUGCAGAACUGAAUCUGGAAGCAGCAUUGGGUCCUUGUCAGAGGAGCGUAAUCUUCUGUAUAGUAUUGAUGCCUAUCGAUCACAGCGAUUUAAAGAAAUAGAUCGUCCUUCAAUAAAGCAAGUGAUCGUUCGUAAAGAAGAUGUUUCUUCCAGGCUUGAGGAGAAAAGGAAUGGAACGUCUGAUCAAAUUAACAUCAAACGCAAAUUACAGGAGCUGAAUAAUGAAAUCAAUCUGCAACAAACAGUAAUACAUCAAGCCAGCCAAGCUCUAAACUGUUGUUUUGAUGAGGAACAUGGGAAGGGUUCACAAGAAGAAGCAGAAGCUGAGAGACUACUUCUCAUUGCAACUGAAAAAAGAACAGCGUUAUUGGAAGAGCUAAACAAACUAAAAAAUGAAGGAUCUCAAAGCAAGAAGAUUAAAGCUGAUUCAAUGCCUAGUGGAGUUUCUCCAUCCAGGGGGUCUGUUACUCUGUCAGAAAUGCGCCUACCUCUAAAAGCAGACUUUGUAUGCAGCACUGUCCAGAAAUCAGAAACAGCAAACUACUACUACGUAAUAAUGUUAAAAGCAGGAGCAGAAAAUAUGGUUGCUACACCGUUAGCAAGUACUGCAAGUUCCCUGAAUGGUGGAGAUGCUCUUACUUUCACUACUACUUUUACGCUGCAAGAUGUGGCCAGUGACUUUGAGAUAAACGUUGAAGUUUAUAGCUUGGUACAGAAGAAAGAAUCCAUAGGCAUUGAUAAAAGGAAAAAAUCAGCUAAGUCAAAGGCUAUUACUCCAAAGAGAUUACUGACAUCUAUUACUGCCAAGAGCAACCUUCUUACGCCAGUCAUGGCAAGUCCAGGUGGACCCAAUGCUGUGCGCACAAGCAACUUUGUUCUUGUUGGUUCACACAAAAUUUCCCUAUCUUCAGUUGGGAGUACCAGAUUCUUGCUGGACAAGAUAAAUUAUGGAAUUAAAGAAAAAGAGCUGUUGGGUUGUUUGUUCCAGGAUAAGGUUCCUUUUUUAUCUCCCCUGGAAGGUCAUAUUUAUCUGAAAAUUAAAUGUCAAAUAGAUUCUUGUGUGGAAGAGAGAGGUUUCUUGACUAUGUUUGAAGAUGUUAGUGGCUUUGGGGCCUGGCAUAGGCGCUGGUGCGCUCUUUCUGGAAACUGCAUCUCCUACUGGACUUACCCGGAUGAUGAAAAACGAAAGCAUCCAAUGGGUUCAAUAAACCUGGCAAACUGCACUAAUCGUCAGAUCGAACCAGCUAACAGAGAGUUCUGUGCUCGGCCGAACACUUUUGAGCUCAUUACGGUUAGGCCCCAGAGAGAGGAUGACAAGGAAACACUAGUCAGUCAAUGCAAAGACACGCUUUGUGUUACCAAGAACUGGUUAUCAGCUGAUACUAAAGAAGAGCGUAAUCUGUGGAUGCAAAAACUCAACCAAGUUCUUAUUGACCUUCGCAUGUGGCAGCCUGAUGCUUGCUAUGUGCCUAUUGGGAAACCUUGAGCUGCGGGAAAGAUUUCUCACGGGAGCUUGCUUCAAGCCACAUGCUGUGCUCUUAAUGUAGACUUUUUAUAUGAGGUCCCUUGGGAUUAUUCAUUACACUUCAUGCUUUAAAAUCUGGAAGGAGAGGUGGUGUUAUAUUAGGCUCCUUGCUGCAUUAAGAGUUCUAACUCUUCUAGGAUUGGAGUAUGGUAGUAGCUGUGUUUUUAAGCUCUAUUUGGCUGUGCUAAAUAUUUUUAUAUAUAAUAUUUCUUGAAAUCUGUAGUGCAGUACACAAUUAAAGUACCAGUUUAUUUUAAUUGAUCAGAGCUCAGUUUAUUUCAAGAACUGAACAAAAAUCAGCACAGGAGGAAAAAAAACCUUAGAGCUUUAUCAGUGUGCAUGUUUCUCCUAAGAAGGAUGCCUCAAAAGUUGUUUAGCUUUAGUGGGAAGCUGAAGCAGGAACUUCAAUGAUUUAUUUAUAAAGGUGUUUUUAACGUAAUUAGGAAGUUAAAAAGUGAAACACCCCAUUGUGUUUAAUGUUCAGAAUAUUUGGCACUUGCAAAAAGUGUCUGUCUUGAGAACACCAUAGAAUAGUCAUAGAACCCAAUAGAAAUAAUGAGGUUAAAAAGAAAAAAACUGGUGCAUGGUUUCGCACAUAUGGUUUACAGCUAUGAUCAAUUAUGAAGUACAUUGCACAUUUUCUUAGAAAACAUGUAUGUAGUUUUCUUGAAGCUGCUU